AUGGCAACCUCCGCUCAAGUAAUCGGUGAUCUUACUUCCAAAUGGCACAUAUUUAACCCUGCUAAGACUCCCUCGCCUCCCAACCAGGGGAAUCAGUCAGAACCUAAGAAAAAGACUAGAGGGGCUGCUUUGAUAGGCAUUGAUGUAUCCAAGGACGUGGACUUUUCGAACUGGUACCAGCAAGUGUUGCUAAAAGGCAAGAUGAUCGAUUACUACGACAUUUCGGGCUGCUAUAUCCUACGGCCCGGUUCAUGGGCAAUAUGGGAAAUGACUCAGGAGUGGUUCAACAAACAAAUCAAAAGGAUGGGCGUUCGCAACUGCAGCUUCCCUCUCUUUGUUGCGGAGGAAAUGUUGAAUAGAGAACAGAACCACAUUGAGGGCUUCUCUGCGGAAGUCGCUUGGGUGACACAGUCGUGCGUCGGCCUGCUUCAUGAUCCCGAUGCCGCUUAUUUACACUACGAAUGGAACAGGGGCAACACUAAGUUGGACAAGAGAAUUGCCAUCCGGCCGACAUCUGAAACCGUCAUCUACCCGUACCUGGCGAAGUGGAUCCGGAGCUACCGAGAGCUUCCACUUCGGCUGAACCAGUGGAACUCAGUUGUUCGAUGGGAAUUCAGCAACCCUCAACCCUUCCUACGAUCACGGGAGUUCUACUGGCAAGAAGGCCACAGUGCACACCUCACCUCCGAUACUGCCGAUAAAGAAGUUUUGGAUGUGCUUGGCCUCUACGAGGCCAUCUAUCGGGAUCUUCUGGCAAUUCCCGUUAUUCCAGGACGAAAGACGGAGAAAGAAAAGUUUGCCGGUGCUAACUAUACCACCACCGUAGAAGCGUACAUUCCUACGACCGGGCGGGCGAUCCAAGGAGCUACCUCUCACAGCCUUGGUCAGAACUUUAGCAAAAUGUUCAAUAUCUCAAUUGAAGCCCCGAGUUCUGACGGCACCGAGAAUAAGACACAGAAAACAUUCGUGUGGCAAAACUCUUGGGCUUAUUCCACUCGUGUCCUCGGUGUCAUGGUUAUGGUUCAUGGCGAUAACAAAGGGCUCGUGAUGCCCCCUCGGGUUGCCCCAGUCCAAGUGAUAAUUAUACCAGUUGGCAUCACCGCGCACACCGAAGAUGAUCUGAAGGAAAAGAUUGUCGAUUCGAUUGUCUCUACCAAGAAAGCACUGGAGGAUGCAGAAGUACGAGUAGAGAUGGACACUCGAGAUGAAUAUUCCCCAGGCUGGAAAUUCAACGACUGGGAGCUGAAGGGCGUUCCGCUUCGCCUCGAGAUUGGCCCGAAGGAGGUGAAGGGUAGUUUUAUUUCCAUGUCGCGUCGAGACACCGGGGGAAAAGGACGCAUUGCCUCCUCCCGCCUUGUCGAGGAUGUUCUCGCUUGUUUGGAGACAAUCCAAUCCGAGAUGUAUUUGCGUGUUCUAGACAACUUCCGCAGGAACGUCAAAAUCAUCACGGAGUGGUCUCUUUUUACGCUCGCUCUCAACAAUAAGCACAUAUGUCUCAUCCCCUUCUGUCUCAAAGAGGAUUGCGAAGAGCGUAUCAAGAAGUCUAGUGAGUGUACCGCUGAUUCUCCGAUGCAGGAGCACGACGCCAGAGCUCCAAGCAUGGGAGCUAAGAGCUUAUGUAUACCCUUUCACCAGCCUACCAAGCUAGAUGGAUCCCAAACAAAAUGCCUAGGCCAGGGGUGCAAGCGUACAGCUGAGCAGUGGUGUCUUUUUGGGAGAUCAUAUUAG